UUGGACAAAACUGCUAUUUCCACAAUCUGUCGUCUUCGUUUCGGCCAUGCAUGCACCCCGAUUCAUCUGGCAAAAUUAAGGGUUAGAGACCAUUCACUUUGUGAAUGUGGCUUGGAGGAAGGAAGCGCCGAUCAUUUAUUCUUUAAUUGUCCCAAAUUACGAUAUCCCCUAUAUAAUAUUCUUCCUGAUAACGUCUCCCGCCCCACUAGUUUCAAGUGUAUCCUCUCCUUGGUAGACUCUCCCUUUGUUAGACAGCUAUGUAAAUUUAUAGAAAUUAACAAAAUAAAGUUAUAACAUAGGUAACUGUCUAAGUCUAAAGUCCUUUCUAACUUUUUAGUCAUAAGUGUCAGAUGUUUCUGUACGUUUAGUUAUAUCUAAUGCAUGUGGUGUUAUUUAUUUAUUGGUUUAAAAUAAUAUUUCUAUGCGUGAUGUCUACUUAUCAUAUACAUGUUGUUGUAGAUCACUAACAUUUGGGGAAAACAUCAAUUCAAUACGUUUCCAUAUAUAUUAUAAUUCUCUUUGUUCAAUACGCUACGAGGGAAAAAAAGAGAGUCAACUGUCACUCAAGAACUGUCUUAACGUAGUGGUUAUAUUCUCUAUGGAACUGUCAAAUCCCCUUCGUUUAUCUUCUCCCAUUAACAAAAGUCUUCAUCAUAAAGACAUUCAACUUUAAUACCCAGAUUAAUACCUCAGUAAUCUGCAGUCUGAAACAACGUGACAUUGGCGGAAUAGCUUCAUAAUCAAGCUCGUCGCCAGUAAUCAAAGAAGAAGAAGAAGAAGAUUAUUUUGUUUGUAGCUAAAAUUAUUCAAACCUGUUUAUACUUUAGUAAAAAAGAAUAACUAUGCUCCCAUUGUUGUAAAUAAAAUAAGUUAUCAAUAUGGACUUAGACCCGACACCCGAGGCCUUGCAAAGAAAGUUAUAUUUUUUACUAGAGCAAUUACAAGACAUGGCUAGAGAACUCCCUCCGAAAUAUCAGAUGAGGGUCCCCAUUGAACUUCUGUCUGGCCUAGCUAACUGUCUGCUUAAUGACACAGUUUUUGAAAUAGUUAAAGGCCUUAUGGAAAUUCAACAUGUUACAGAAAAACACUUGUUUCAGCAAAGGUUGCAAGUUAUUAAUGAAAACACAUUAGAAAUACAAAAUAUGAUCAACACUGUAAUGGAUCCAGAACAGCAGCAACUUCAACAGACUAUACUGUUGGUACGACAUAAAGAGCGACUAAAGCAGACCGAUAUGAAGUUGGUCCUGCAACUCGAUCAAAAGGUAUGUGAGUUUAUCUCAAUCUGUUUAGGACUAAUAUAUUUGGAUGGGAUAUUAAGAGCUAUGGUAAAGCAUUGAUGUUGAUAGGAUUGGGAGUCGCCUCUGAGCUAAGACAAUAUAUAAAGUA